AUGCCUCUCCUCUCCAUCUUCCUCCUCCCCCUCCUCCUCCCUUCAUCCCUCGCCCAAAAGAAAGGCAACCUCAGCCCCGAGACCCACCCUCCCUUCCAAUGGGCACAAUGCACCUCCCCCACCAACUGCACAACAAUCAACUCCUCCCUCGUCCUCGACGCCAACUGGCGCUGGGUCCACGACGUCAAGUAUCGCAACUGCGUGGAGCAAAACCCAGACGGCACCCAGUGGUGGAACCCCGCCGUUUGCGACCUAGGUGAUGAAAGUCCGGCAUCAACUAACAAUUGCACCUCAAAGUGCCUUCUCGAAGGAGCUGGGGACUAUCGUUCGAGCUAUGGCAUCACUACCACCAACGCCACCCUGAUGCAGAAGCUGGUGACGAGGAUCGAAUUCGCUACCAAUUAUGGUUCAAGGCUUUUCUUGCUGGAGAAGAAGGAUAGAUACCAGACUUUUGUGCUGUUGGGGAAUGAGCUUAGUUUUGAGGUGGAUUUGUCGACUGUUGGGUGUGGGGUCAAUGCUGCGUUGGGGUUUGUGGCUAUGGAUGCUGAUGGGGGGGUGGAGAGGCAUGAGCCGUGGAAUGAGGCUGGGGCGGAGUAUGGGACUGGGUAUUGUGACGGCUGGUGUCAGGAUAGGCAGAGAUUUGUUGGGGGGAGGGCCGCGACGAAUAAACAGGGGGCGCGGGGGUACCAGUGGCAAAGUGAUGGGGCUUGUUGUCCCGAAUUUGCGGUUUGGAACUCGAACGCUCAUUCAUACUCGAUGUCUUCGCAUAUUUGUGAGAAUGAUGAUUAUGAACCAUGCCCCGGACCCUGGUGCGACCCCACGUAUUAUGAUCCUGACGAGAGGGGCGUUCCACCAAAGUGUGCCAGGAAAGGGUGCGAGUACAACCCGUAUAGGAUGGGGGCGAAGGAGUUUUAUGGGAAGGGGAAGCUGGUUGAUACCACAAGGAACGUUGUGACUCGUUGGGAAGAAGACCGUCAGUAUCAGUUCUUUAUCCAAGAUGGGAAAAGGAUUGAUGUCCCAGCUCCAACGUGGGAUGGGCUCCCAAAGCAAAGCGGCUUAAGUAAGGAAAUGUGUGAUGUACAGGCCAACGUCUUUAUGGAGCAAGACAUCUGGGCGGUGCAUAAUGGCUGGCCGACACACCAAAGGCAGGUGUUGAGCCGGCCCAUGGUGUUGGUCACAUCGAUUGAUGCGGCUGAUUGGUAUACGUGGAACACCUGGCUUGACUCAUCCAAGAUACCCCCUUAUGAUGACCGGGAUCCUGGUGUCGAGCGUGGACCCUGUCCAUGGGAGGAUAAUGAACCCUCGAUUGCUCGAGCAAGCAAUGGUCAAGCAAAGGUUGUGUGGUCCAACAUCAGAUUUGGGCCUAUUGGGUCAACAGUUGAACUGUGA